AUGGCAAUUCACAACAGUCUAAUUGAAUGGAUCAAUACAUUUGAUAAUCUACCUUCACAUUGUAACUCACUUGAUGAUCUUGCAGAUGGUGUACUAUUAUAUGAACUUUGUAGACAAAUAACAUUAGUAUCAAAGGAUGAUAUAGGUGAUAAUUGGGUAUUGAGAUCAGAGAAUAUAAACAAUCUAUUAUCAUCUCUUGAUCAAUAUUACGUCAAUGAGUUGGGAUUGAACGAUCAGACUUCAACAAUCAAUGUUGAAACAGUGGCCAAAGAUCGUAACGAUGUAGAGAUUAUCAAAUUGAUAGAGUUAAUACUUGGUGUAGUAUUAGAGUGUGACAACAAGGAAGAGUACAUUGGAAAGAUGCAGAUAUUGGAUCCAACUGUACAGAAUGAUCUAAUGGUAAUCAUUGAAAAGAUCAUGUCAAAUCAUCAACAAUUACAUGUACAACAUGUACAACAUAAUGUACAACAACAUGUACAACAACAUGUACUUGAUAAUGAUCUUCAAAUCAAAGAACAACAUAACAAUGAAAAGAUAUUACAAUUAGAGAUACAGUUGGAACAAUUACAACGAGACAAGAGUGACUUGAGGAAUGAACUAUCUGAUAUGUCUGUGAUUGUAGGUCAGGCAGAGAGAGAUAAACAUAGUUGGAGUAGGGAGCGUGAACAACUACAAGAGGUAUGCUCCAACCUACAACAUUCAUUAGAGACAUCACAGAGGUCAAUGGAUGAACUCCGACAACAACAGGCAACAAACAACAUUAUGAGUCAGGUCAAGGAGGAACUCAGUGCAUUGCAACAACAGAUACAGGACAAGGACAAACAGAUACAGGACUUUAGGAAAAAGGUGGAAGAGUCCAACAAACAGAACAGAGGUCUAAAGGAUGAGGUUGAUAUGCUAAAGGAGAAGGUGUCCAAUGCAGAGCUGACAGAGGAGAAGUUGAAAAAGUAUCAACAAAAGAUCGAGGAGAAUAUGGAACUGAAAAAGAGGAUAAAGUCAUUGGAAGAGAAUAAUGACAAUUAUCUCAAUCAGUUGUUGGAUAUGGAGGAGCAGGUCAAGAAGGCAUCAUUGUUCAAGGGUCAGUUGGAGUCUACCAAACAACUACUCACAUCAUUGCAGAUUGACAAUACCAAGUUGGAAAUGUCUGUAAAGAUGAUCUCGGAUGAACGUGAAUUAUUACAAUCUACUCUGUCCAGGUUGGAGAUGCAACAUACAUCAUUACAAGAAGAGUUGGAGAGUAAUAAGAAAAAGUUGGAUCAAAUGGAACAUGAUCAACAAUCUAAAUUGUUAGAGACGACAACUCACAACUCUUUUGGAAUGGAUCAAAUAAUUGUUGAUCCAUCUACAAAGAUAAAGACACAGAGAUUGGAGAGAGAGAUUAGUAGACUACAAGAGUCUGUGGAGAGGAUACCAGAGUUGGAGAGACAACUUGAAGAGGCAGUGGCCAUCAAGGAUGAACUUUUGAAGCAAGUGUCAUCAAUGUCCAACAACAACAACCAGUCAACAGUUCCAGCAGCAAUAGACAAUAAUGAUCAAUCAAAGGAAAUAAUUCAACAAUUGAAUCAGACAAUCAAAGAGUUAAAGGACAAGAAUGUAGAGCAACAACAUGUCUAUUCUCAAUUGCAAGAGAGUACAGAGUCAACAAACACAACAUUGAAGGAGAGAAAUCUACAGUUGGAUACAUUGUCCAAGGAGGUUGCACAACUUAGAGCAGAGGCAAAGUUGGCUGCCGAGCAACAGGCCAUUCCAACACCACAACCACCAGUACUAGACAAUGAGUCAGCCUUUAAAGAGACAAUUGCUUCUCUUUUAUUGGAGAAGGAGAGAUUGGAGGGUUAUCUUCGUUCGGCAAGAAAGAUGAUCAAGGAACUACGAGAGAAGGAGACCGAGCGCGACUCUGGCAACAACAAGAUCGAUCGCCAAGAGUACAUUGCCGACCUGGAGAAUAUUUCAAAGUUGAAGGACGAUCACAUCAAAAACCUGACGAGACAGAUCAAGGAUGGCAAGGAGGCAUCACAACGCGAGUUGAAUUUGAUGUUGUCAUCAUUCCUCCGAUUGGGAUCAGAGAAUGAGGCGCUCAAGUUUAAGCUGGAUGCAGCUGCUGCCUCUACCUCUAAUCAAUCAUCUUCUUCAUCAUCAUCAGCAUUGCCACAACAGAAAUAA